AUGGUGGCCACAAAGAUGAAAAAGUCAUUCAAGUCAAACAAUUCUAGGUUCCAACUUACCAUGAAUAAUGGAAAGUACAUGCUUGGGUACAAGCAGACCCCGAAGGUGUUCAGACAGGACAAAGAGAAACUGCCCCUCCUUGCCAACAACUGCUCACCUUUGAGGAAAUCUGAAAUAGAGUACUACUCCAUGUUGGCCAAAACAGGUGUUCAUCACUACAAUGGCAAUAAUAUUGAAUUGGGCACAGUGUAUGAAAAAUAUUACAGAAUAUGCCCACUGGCUAUCAUUGACCCAGGUGGUUCUGAUAUCAGUAGAAUUAUGCCAGAACAGACUAAUGAAGAAUAA